AUGAGAACAGCAAGUUCCGAAGGUUAUACUAGUGUUCAAAAUAAAUCCAAAGAGUGUGAUAAGGAAAACUUUUCGAAACUACCUUUGGAUAAUGCGAUAGAUGGAAGUUCUAGUAUGAAUCCUAAAAUUUUACCGCAAGUGGAAACUGAACAACGGAUUCUAAAAAAUGUUAACAAUACGUCGAAAAUUAGUUGUGGGUAUAACGUUGUUUCAACUAUCGAAGAACAAUCAUUACAAAACAUAAGAGAUAGGUCCAAUAGUACAUCAUCAUCCAGUUCUUCUACGUCAUCAUCUUCAAGUUCCAGCAUAUCGUCGUCAUCAUCAAAGUCUUCUUCAUCAGCAGAAAAAAACGGAGGUGAAAUGAACAUUAACAGCUCACCUUCAACCAUACCAGGCACUUCAACAGAUUGCUCAAAUAUAAUUUAUGCCAGGCCUUUAAUUCGCAAAAGACGUUCAAAUAAAGACAUUAACUACCGUCAAUAG